AACUAACCUUCACGUGGAUCUUCAAUGAGUACCCAUCAUUUGUCAUCCAGGACACGCGGCGGUUUGUGUCCCAGAAGACAGGAAACCUCUACAUCGCCAAAGUGGAGCUCUCUGAUGUGGGCAACUACACCUGUGUGGUCACCAACACGGUCACCAAGAGCAGUGUUCAAGGACCACUAACUCCUCUGGUGCUGCGGGUUGAUGGUAUGAUGGGCGAAUACGAGCCAAAGAUUGAAGUGCAGUUUCCUGAAGUUGUCCUUGUUGCUAAAAGCUCAACCGUCAAACUAGAGUGUUUUGCACUUGGAAACCCAGUGCCAACCAUCAGCUGGAGAAGGCAGGAUGGAGCCUCUUUUGGCAGGAAGGUGGACAUAAAUAAAGCCAGUGGCGUGUUAGAAAUCCCUUACUUCCAGCUGGAGGAUGCAGGAAUAUAUGAAUGUGUGGCUGAAAACACCAGAGGAAGAAACUCAGCUAAAGGAAAGCUGUCUUUCUAUGCUGCACCGCACUUGACUGAGAAGCCUCAAGAUGUUCAGAAGACCAUUGAUGAUAUGCUGGUUUGGGAGUGCAAAGCCAGCGCCAAGCCCAAACCCUCAUACCGCUGGCUGAAGAACGGAGAGCCUCUGGACUCCAUGGAACACGAUAGGGUCCAGGCGAAUAACGGAGUGCUGACGAUCAGCAGCUUGAAUCUGGCUGACAUCGGCAUGUAUCAGUGUGUGGCGGAGAACAAGCACGGCCGAAUCUUCACCAACGCUGAGCUCCGAGUCGUAGCCAUCGCUCCAGACUUCUCCCAGAACUUGUUGAAGGCCCAGACUUUGGCCCGACAAGGCGGCGACGUUCUGAUCGAAUGCAGGCCCAGGAUGUCUCCUCGGGGUGUCAUUUCAUGGAGGAAGGGGAAAGAAGCCCUUAGAGAGAGUCACAGAGUUACUGUUUUGGAUAAUGGCAGCCUACGGAUUUCCAAUGUUACAAAAAUAGAUGCUGGGAUCUACACGUGUGUGGCCAGAAACCAGUUUGGAGUAGCGAGCAGUGCUGGCAGCCUUUUGGUGAAAGAGCCGACGGCGAUCACCAGUCCAGCAGGACAUCUGGACGUGACCGUGGGUGAGAGCAUCGUGCUGCCCUGCCAGGUGUCACAUGACCCCACGCUGGACCUCAAGUUCACCUGGUUCUUCAACGAGCAGCUCAUCCACUUUGGAAGUCACUGGGCGUUUUUUGAGAAAAUCGGUGGGCGCUCGGCUGGUGACAUAAUGAUACGCAACAUUCAAUUGAGGCAUGCUGGGAAAUACACGUGUGCUGUUCAAACGAAGGUGGACAGUGUGUCGAUUGCCACUGAUGUGGUCGUCAGAGGUCCCCCCAGUCCCCCCGUGGACUGUCAGGUGACUGCGAUGACGCAGACCACUGCCUCCGUGUCCUGGGGUCCCGGGAUGGACAACCACAGCCCCAUCCUCAGCUACACCAUCCAGGCCAGAACGCCCUUCUCUCUUGGGUGGCAAGCCGUAACAACCGUUCCUGAGCUUCUCGGGGGGAAGCAGCUGUCAUCCACCGUCAAUGAGUUGAGUCCCUGGGUGGAGUACGAGUUCAGAGUCCUGGCAACCAACAGCAUAGGAACAGGAGAGCCCAGCAAACCCUCCAAAAAGUCCCGUACCAAAGAAAUGCUUCCCCGGGUGACACCUGGCAGAGUGAACGGAGGAGGUGGAGGACGCUCAGAGCUGGUCAUCACUUGGGAGCCCGUUCCUGAGGAGCUCCAGAGUGGGCCGGGCUUCGGCUACGUGGUGGCUUUCCGCCCACUGGGGGCUCAGGGCUGGAUGCAGGCUGCUGUCACGUCCCCCGACGCCUCGAGAUACGUCUUCAAGAACGACAGCAUCCCCCCCUUCUCCCCUUACCAAGUCAAAGUCGGGGUUUACAACAACAAGGGAGAAGGACCUUUUAGUCUGGUGACCACCAUCUACUCGGCGGAGGAAGAGCCCAGCAGAGCUCCAGGCAGGCUGAGGGCGAGGAGUGUAUCAGCGUCCGAGGUAGAGGUCACCUGGAGGCCGCUGGCCUGGAGCAACAACCGAAGACGCAUCCUGGGCUAUGAGUUGCAGUACUGGGGUGAGAGGCAGAAGCAGGACACAGCCAGUGUGAUCAGGACAGUGGGGAAUAAAACGUCAGUACUUAUCAGAGAUCUGGAGGGCAGCAGUACAUAUUACAUGUCCCUGCGGGCCUACAACAGCGCCGGAGUGGGUCCACAGAGCAUCAUAGUCAAUGUCACAACCAAGAAACCACCACCCAGUCAAGCCCCUCUCAAAAUCAUGUGGAACACUUCCAACUCCAAGGUCAUCCUGAGGUGGGACCAAGUGCACGCUCUGGAGAAUGAGUCUGAAGUCACCGGAUAUAAGGUGAUGUACAGCCAGGACAAACACAGCCACCCCAGUGUGGUGGAGACCAACACCACCUCCUUGGAGUUGUCGCUGCCAGUCAACCAGGACUACGUUAUCCAGAUAAAACCCUUCAGUGAGGGAGGGGAAGGCAGCAGCAGCCAGAUUACCAUCCCCAAAAUAGCAGGCUCCAUAGCCAAAGGAGCAGCUCCAGAGUCUUCUCCAUAUUCCUUGGUCAACCUUGCAGCGUUAAUCAUCACAGCCAGGACUGUACUAUGACAAACAUCUGCAUCAACCAGGCGCUACAGCUGCUUUUUAGGAGGAGAAACAGCAGGUCAGAGACAACAAGAGACUGACAGCCGCAUUUCCACCUGCUCCCUUCCCUACUAUGUCUUUCCUGUUCUUUCUACAAAGAUCUCUUUGUGGGGAAUUUUCUCUUUCACCGCCUUUCUGAAGGAGUUAUUGAAAGGAAGUGGCUCUUUCAGAAGUUGCUUUUAAGGAAGUGAAAGGACACCAUGACUCGACGGCUGUCUCUUCGACUGAUGUUUCUUUCUUUGCCCCCUUCUAAGCAGUGGAUAUUCUCAUAUGGUUUGAACCUCGGAGGCAGUGGUGUGUGAUGCACAAUAGGAUGUGUAUAUGUUUUCUCUUUUGGACUGUGCAGGUUCUGUGAGAUGGAUUUUGUGUGAACCUUUGGACUUUUUUUUGGAUGCUGAGAUUUCAUCUUGAAUGGGGAUGGAGGAGACCUUGCAUAGCUUGCAAGUGUUUUCCCUCCUCUCUUUGGGAAACCUCCUGCACUGUCUAUGAAGGAAAACCAACUGUUACUAAUCCCUGCCAAAAAACAGGGAGCUAAGCCUCAUUCCUUUCUGCCAAACAAGAAUUUGGGACCUUUGUGACUUUGCUUGGAUUUUAUUCAUGCUUUUACGUUACACCACAUUACAUCCAAACCUCAAAGUUGCCAUGAAAAUGUAAACCAAAGGUAUUGAAUCGACUAGGUUCAGUUCCAACUGUUGUAUCUUUGAGUGAAAAUGCAGCGUGUACAUCCCCAAUAUGGCUUCAGUUGUAAACAGCAGACUUGUGUUGGUUAAUUGAUGUCUUACCUUUCUCCCACAUCCGUGAUAAGUGUGUAACAAAGGCUUGCUGAGCAGUGGGAGCCGCUUUGUUGUAUACACUGUAUGUUUGAAAUCCUCAGGUCCCAAAUGAGCCUUAAGUCUUUUGAUUAGUAUCCAUGUUGUUAUUAUUCAAGAGAGUUUUAUUUAUGUUUCCUCCUCCUGCAUUGUGUUUUGGCUCACUCAUGCUGUAACCUAUGGAUAACUGACCUUGCCCUACACUUUGUUGAGAAUUUCCCGUUUGUUACUUUUUAGAUCAUAUUUUUGGCCGUUUUGGGCUCAGAAACAACAUGCCUUUCUCCUACGUCUCUCAUGAUGAGCAUUGUGAUACAGUGGCAGUGAUACUGACUUUUCUAGCUUAUUUGAAGUAGGGGACAGUGUUUCACUGUCAGCUGCUGUUUGGCAUGAGAUUGGUCAGUGUACGUACCUACGUUGCUUAGGAUGUCUGGAUGAAUCAACCUGCUUUUAAUAAAUAUAAUGCCAUUUU